AUGUCCAUUCUCAACUCGAGGUUCUACGUGGCCACCUCCCGGCAGGUGAAGCAUCUCGAGUCGGUCAGCCGCUCCCCUGUCUAUUCCCAUUUCAAUGAGACCUUGCUGGGGGUCAGCGUCAUUUGGACCUGUGAGGAGCAGGAGCACUUUAUCCUGAGUGACCUGAAGGUGGAUGAGAACCAGAAGGCCUGUUACCCCAGCAUUGUGGCCAACAGGUGGCUGGCUGUGCGUCUGGAGUGUGUGGGUAACUGCACUGUCCUGUUUGCUGCCCUGUUUGCAGUGAUCUCCAGGCACAGCCUCAGCACUGGCUUGGCGGGCCUCUCAGUGUCUUACUCAUUGCAGGUCACCGUGUACUCGAACUGGCUGGUUCGGAUGUCAUCUGAGAUGGAAACCGACAUUGUGGCCAUGGAGAGACUCGAGGAGUAUUCAGAACCUGAGAGGGAGGCACCCUGGCAAAUCCAGGAAACAGCUCUGCCCAGCAGCUGGCUCCAGGUGGGCCGAGUGGAAUUCUGGAACUACUGCCGGUGCUACCAAGAAGACCUGGAUUUUGUUCUCAGGCACAUCAAUGGGGGAGAAAAGGUUGGCAUCAUGGGGCGGACGGGGGCAGGGAAGUCGUCCCUGACCCUGGGCUUCGUUCGGAUCAACGAGUUUGCCGAAGGAACGAUCAUCAUCGAUGACAUCACCAUUGCCAAGAUCGGCCUGCACAACCUCUGCUUCAAGAUUUCAUCCCCCAGAUGGGGUCUGGGUGCUACCCAAGAGGACCCUGUUUUGCUUUCGCGUUCCUUCUGCAUGAAGCUGGACCCGUUCAGCCAGUACUCAGAUAGUCUGGACGUCCCUGGAGCUGGCUCACCUGAAGGACUUCGCAUCAGCCCUUCCUGAUAGGCUGGACCGUGAGUGCGCAGAAGGUGGAGAGAACCUCAGUAAAGUGUCAGGCAGCACCAGCUUGUGUGCUGGCUCGGGCCCUGCUGAGCAAGAUGAAGAUCCUUGGAUCCUUGUGUUGGAUGAGGCCACAGCGGCCGUGGACCUGGAAAUGGGUAACCUCAUUCAGUCCACCAUCCGGAUGCAGUUCAAAGGAUGCAGUGUCUUCACCAUUGCCCAGUGGCUCAACACCACCAUAGACUAUGCAAGUCUCACCCAGGCUGGACUGCAGUGGCGUGAUGUCGGCUCACUGCAACCUCUGCCUCCCAGAUUCAAGCAAUUCUCCUGUCUCAGCCUCCCAAGUAGCUGGAAUUACAGAGUGGUUGUGAGGAUUAAGAAAACGAAGGUCUAGAAUUCUACUGGCACAUAGUAGGUACUCAAGGUGAGUAUCACCACUGCCCCCUGCCAACUGCUACAUCUGGGCCCCUAGGGGUGGCAGCAGUGGGCGGGGAGGGGUGGGCCACGCUGGUGCUUACCCUGCUGUAUUGCACGCUGUCCUUUCCUGUUGGCCAUGCUGUCCUGUCAGGGUCAUCUAGAGGAAUCCCUCUCUGGGCUAAUGAAGCGGUGUGGUCCUUCUCAAGGAUUGACUUGAUGGACCUGUUUAGAGGAAAUAAAGAUGAAGUCAGUGUCUCUCCCAGUGGUGGGGUGUAUGUGCCCAACCCUCAGGCCCACUGAUAGCCACUGAGCUCAGGGUAUACUCUUCAUUCAUUCAGUCUUUCAUCCAUCCAUCCAACAGAAUACUGACCUGGUAUCACACUUCCCUUCUCCCUGUGUGGCACCCAGCUAAUUGCCAUCUAUUACCCCAGAGUCAAGCAAGCCCAUUCUUCUGAUGCCAUUUCACAGGAUAAACUUACUUUGCCCACCAUUGGAACUCUGUUCUCAAAAUUUUCUUAUUUUUUUCUUUUUUGAGACAGGGUCAUGCUAUGUUGCCCAGGUUGGUCUCAAACUCCUGAGCUCAAGCAAUCCGCCCACCUCAGCCUCCCCAAGUGCUGGGAUUACAGGCAUAAGCCAGUGCACCCAUCCUGUUCUCAGAAUUUUGAUUUUGGCUUAAGCUUUGGUGCAACUGUUUUGCCCCUACUGUUUACCGUCAGAUUUGUCAGUCCAACUAACAGAAUAUAAAUUAUGCACAAUUCAGAUGUUGAAGACUUUUUGAAUGUCUUAUCUGUGGAUGAGUGAGCUGACUUAAUACUCUGUACCUCAGUUUCCUCAGCUGUCAAGAUGGGAUAAUAUCUAUCCAUCCAUCUAUAUAUCUGUGUAUCUGUAUAUACUUGUCUACCUACCUGCUAUUCGGUUUAGCCUAAAGCUGCCUCCUUACAUAUUUUAGGUUUGGCCUAAAAGUUUUCCCAUACGUAGUGAACUGUAAAUUACCUGGACUCCUACAGACUGCAGCCUACUCAUGUGUCAAUCACUGUAUUUCAGCCAAUCAAAGGUAGCCAACUGUUUAAACCAUGUUCAAAUAAAGCAAACGCUGAGCUGUAACCAA